AUGGGUCAUGCAAAUGCAAGCAACAGCACCACCAUGGCUUUGGCACCAAGUGCUAGUUUAAAAAGCUUUACCUCUCCAAUUCCCUAUCUCUUUGGUGGCCUAGCCCUCAUGCUUGCACUCAUAGGAUUGGCAUUACUUAUCCUAGCUUGCUCUUAUAGUAAAAAUUAUUCAUUGGAUGGUAAUGAAGACAAAGCGAAGAGGGCAACGGGAAUGGAGGUUGAUUCAGAGCCCAAGAUUGUUGUUAUAAUGGCUGGAGAUAGCAACCCCACUUACAUGGCCAAGCCCGUGCCAUCCACACACCAUACUGAAGAAGCAGAUUAG